AUGUCAAGCACUGCAGGCCAAGUCAUAAAAUGCAAAGCUGCUGUGGCAUGGGAGGCCGGAAAGCCGCUGGUGAUGGAGGAGGUGGAGGUGGCGCCGCCGCAGAAAAUGGAGGUCCGGUUGAAGAUUCUCUUCACCUCUCUUUGCCACACAGAUGUCUACUUUUGGGAAGCCAAGGCUCAAGAUUCUGUAUUUCCUCGAAUCCUCGGACACGAAGCUGCAGGGAUUGUGGAGAGUGUGGGAGAAGGUGUGACCGAACUUGCUCCGGGUGAUCACGUUCUUCCGGUGUUCACGGGCGAAUGUGGAAAAUGCGCUCACUGCAAAUCCGAAGAAAGCAAUAUGUGCAGCCUUCUGAGGAUCAAUACCGAUAGGGGUGUAAUGAUUCAUGACGAGAAACCGAGAUUUUCGAUCAAAGGGAAGCCGAUUUACCAUUUCGUGGGGACUUCAACGUUUAGCGAGUACACUGUGGUUCAUGCAGGCUGUGUUGCUAAAAUCAACCCACUUGCUCCUCUCGACAAAGUUUGUGUUCUUAGCUGCGGGAUUUCAACAGGCCUUGGUGCUACAUUGAAUGUUGCUAAGCCGAAAAAGGGCUCGUCGGUUGCUGUUUUCGGACUUGGAGCUGUUGGACUUGCCGCUGCUGAGGGUGCCAAAUUGGCUGGUGCUUCAAGAAUCAUCGGCGUGGACUUGAACUCUGCCAGAUUCGAAGAAGCUAAGAAAUUUGGUGUCACUGAGUUUGUGAACCCAAAGGACUAUAACAAGCCAGUUCAAGAGGUGAUAGCCGAGAUGACUGAUGGAGGAGUGGACCGAAGUGUCGAGUGUACUGGAAACAUUAAUGCCAUGAUCUCUGCAUUUGAAUGUGUUCAUGAUGGAUGGGGAGUUGCGGUUCUAGUUGGCGUGCCUCAUAAAGAUGCCGUUUUCAAAACUCACCCGAUGAACUUGUUGAACGAGAGGACUCUAAAAGGAACUUUCUUCGGGAACUAUAAACCGCGCUCUGAUCUUCCUUCUGUAGUCGAAAUGUACAUGAAAAAGGAACUUGAACUCGAGAAGUUUAUAACUCACGAGGUCCCGUUUGCUGAGAUUAACAAGGCCUUUGAGCUCAUGCUCAAGGGUGAAGGCCUUCGUUGUAUCAUUCGAAUGGACUGA